GGCAACUAUUUUUUAAAGACUGUUCAACCCAACUUGUCUUUUUCUUUCUCUCUGGUCUCCACGGACACUGUUCUGUCAAAUGAGUUACUCGGGGGUUGGAAGCAGUCCUGGAAACGUCGCCGUCUCGCACGGAGGCAAGAUGAAGCUGAUUGAUCGGAAACUGAAGCUAACGGAGGUGCUCUUAAGGUGCUCCGCUACUGCUCUCGCUCUCCUCGCGCUUAUUCUGAUAGUCACAGACACUCAGGUCAAGAAAAUCUUUACUAUUGAGAAGAGGGCUAAGUACACCGACAUGAAGGCACUUGUGUUCUUAGUGGUGGCAAAUGGGAUAACUGCCGCUUAUUCCUUGUUGCAGUCAGUUCGUUGCGUGGUGGGUUCGAUGAAAGGUAGCGUUCUGCUCAACAAGUCCCUUGCUUGGGCCAUUUUCUUAAGCGAUCAGGCGAUGGCUUACAUGAGUGUGGCUGCAAUAGCAGCAUCAGCGGAGUCUGGUUUGAUUGGAAUAAGAGGCGAGGAAAAGCUGCAGUGGAUGAAAGUGUGCAAUAUGUUUGGCAAGUUCUGCAACCGAGCGGCUGGAGGAACCGCCAGCGCCUUGCUUGCCUCUAUAGCUAUGGUUUUCGUCUCCUCCAUUUCUGCCUUCAGUCUCUUCCGGUUGUACGGUGGUGCCACCCAAAGACAGCCAAACGAUGCAGUGAGGAAGUGAAAACAGCUCUUUGGUCUUUAGUAGUAUUGAAAUGUUAUCGUUAAGUGCAGGUCUUUUGUUUCUGUUUCCGUAUAUGUUAAACUGAUGAUGUUCUUUGUGAUAAUAUAUGUAAAACUGGACCUUAGUGUUCUAUUUAUCAAAAACAAAUCUCAAGAUGAUAUAGAAAGUA